CGUCCCUUGAGAGUGCAGGUGUUCAGUGUUGCACAGCGUCGAUCAGUAAAACUGUAAUUAUCGUACGGCUCACGUGUUUCCAGCUUGGCAUCAAUACAUCACGCUCAACGACUCCCUUUUACCUCGAUUGGCGAAAACGAAACAGCGCAUCAGAGAGUCAUCAACCAAGGACGCAGGUAGCCAUUAAGAGUUUUGGAGCCAUGGCGUGGGAUCUUGGCAACAAGGAAGAAAGGAAAACUCUAAUGAAACAAUUAGGAUCUGAAUACAGGGAGAAAUGUCUGCGACAUAAAAGCCCUAAAGAUUGUCAUUAUCUGGCCCACUUUUUGGAAACAGUGAACCAAGACGUGGCCAAAGCUGCGACCUUAUUCCGUAAGACGUGCGACGACCACAAAUAUGGCGAUAGUUGUCAGAAAUUCGCCAGUCUCGUACGAAGAGGAAUUGAAGGCAUCGACCCGAACGUGAGCGUUGAUUACGAUCGCAAGGGAUGUGAUUACGGUCAGGCGAAAUCCUGUUUUCAUGCAGCAAUGGCUAUUGUUUCAGAUGCUGAGCGUGGACAAGUAUCGAGCAAAAAAAUCGAACUCAAUGACCCUUUGGAGGCCGUCAACUUGCUCGAUCGGGGAUGCCAUCUCGGCUGCGAUAACAGCUGUUACCUGGCCGGCGGAUUGUAUCUCGUUGGCGUGCCUGGCAUCCUGGAAAGGAAUGUUUCCGUCACGUCCAGGUACGAUUUAAAAGCGUGCCAGUUGGGCAAUCAGCUCGCCUGCGCCAACCUCAGAGGCGCUCUACCAGUAGAAAGUCCGGCUCACGACAAUCCAAUUUCGAAUGGAUUCGUUAUCAGGCGAUUGCAGUUGAAGAUUCGUAACGAGCAACGGAGGAGAGAAUAUUCAAACUCCUUUUAAGGCGGGUAAGACAAUUCAAAUUUUGUGUGGCACUCAAGGAAAUAAUUUUUGAACAAUUUGUUACACAUCCACAAUAAAAUUGCAGCAUUUCAGAU